AUGGACCUUCCAAAAACAACAAACCAAUCCUCGGCCGAGAAUCUAUCCUCCUCCGAGUCAAUAUUCUUGAAUACUAUAAUCAAGCAACCUAACCCACAUUUUAUCUCCCAGUUGUACACUACUGGAAAAUACACAGACCUUGUUAUCAGAUGCCAAGGCAAAGAAUUCAAAGUCCAUCGAGCAAUUAUUUGUUCUCAAUCAAAGCCUCUUGCUGCGGCUAUAGAUCAUGGAUUCAAGGAAGCUACUGAUGGUGUCUUCGAUUUCGAGGAAGACGAACCAGAAAUUGUGGAGUACAUGAUUAGGUAUCUUUACGAUGGUCUAUACUCUGUAUCCAAACAACAGAAGCACCCUGAUACUGCGACGUGGGGAGGAAACGCAACUUCUGUCAUGCCAGAUGGAACAUCUCUCACUGGAGAAUCAGCAUCGGGAUCAGACGCGGGUUUUUACUUUACUGCGCGAUCCUCCCGCGCUCCAGCGAACAGUGCCACAAGUGGACUUGAGAAACUCUUUGGAUCAGCUAGUCCGGCUACGCAAAAGUUGUUUCCAAGCUCAAACGGCGCAUCCAUUUUCGGACCUCCACAAGCACCAAGAGAUAGUGGACGCAACAUGUUCAGCUAUGUACCCCAAUCUGGAGAGAGACCAUCGUUAUUCAGCCUUUAUCGCGACGUUUCUCCUCAUGCUAGUCCUACACCCGCAAGUCAAAACUUGUUUCGCUCUGUUUCUCCAAGUAGGUUGACAUCAAACUUGUUUGGUCCCAAUGUUUCUGCCAAUCAUCCUACCACUGCGACCGCAUCUCCAAUACAGAACCUAUUUGGUAGACCCACAGAUAACACCUCGGGCAAUACUAUUGACUCAGCGAAGACUCCAAUCCAAUUAUCUCAAGGCAAAUUCAAUUGGUCAGGUCGCGGUAGUCUCUUUGGCAGCAGCGCAACUUAUGGUCAAUCUUCCGAAAACAUCGAGCUUCAAGCGAAGGAUUUGAUCAAGCAUGCAAAGCUUUAUAUCAUGGCAGAAAAAUAUGAUAUCCAGCCAUUGAAGAGACUUGCUCGUCAAAGAUACUCCUUUGUCGCAGAUAAUUACUGGAACUCUUGUUGCUUUGUUCAAAGUAUCGAACUCAUUUUCGAUGGUACACCUGAUAUCUCCGAAGGUGAUGAUCUUCGAAAGGCUGUUCUGGAAGUUGCUAGUAGGUAUAUGAAACGACUUCUUGCGAGGGAAGAUUUCGCUCAAAUGUGCCAGGAGAGAGGUGAUAUCGGUUUCGCAAUUCUUCAGUGGUGCUCGUGGUCAAUGUAA